AUGCAGAAACGCGAUGAUUCAUGGACUCAUAUCUUUUCAACAGACUACAUCGACGUGAUGUUGAUGAAGAAACGGAUAUUCAAAAGUGGUCUUCCUGAAGAUCUUAAUAUGCGUUCACAAGUCUGGAAAUUAUUAUUAGGAUAUUACACCCCUUUGAAGAACGACUGGCAAGUUAUCGACGAGAACUGUCUUCGGCAAUACACAAAGUACGUGAGAGAAAUAUACCCCAACGUGUCUUCAGAGAGUUUAGACAAAGUUUUUGAAGCGACUUGGCAAACAAAGUAUGCCACAAAUGUUUUUGAAAACACAAUUUCCACAUUUAAUUUAAACGAUGAUGAAACAAAAAGAAUGCGAACUAUCGAAAAGGAUAUCAUUCGCACAGUCAUAGGCGCUCCCUAUAAUCGCGACGAGCCAAUUCGUCAUGAUUUAGCAUUUCGUCGUAUUUUAUUUAUCUUAUCUCUUGUUAAUGGGGGUGUUUCUUAUGUUCAAGGUAUGAACAAUAUCUGUAACGUGUUUUACACCCAAUUUGCUUCAUCUCAAGACAAACCUGAUUAUAAAAAAGUCGAGGCGGAGACGUUUGGGUGUAUGUUUAUGUUAAUUGACCAAAUGCGGAUGUGGUUUCUCCCAUCGUUUGAUAAUCAGAAAAAUGGGAUUAAAGACUCGAUGAGUCAAAUUGAACGCGUUCUAACUAAAACUGACAAACAAUAUGCCGAUAAGCUGAAAAGCAUUGGGGUUGGCCCAGAACUCUUUGUCUUUCGGUGGUUGACACUGUUGUGUUGUAUGGAGUUCCCGUUGAGCGAGACACUCCGCUACUGGGACUUUUUCUUCUUGGACCUUGACAACUUCCCGUUGGUCAAAGCCACUUGUGUGGGGAUCCUUUUAGUGCUCAAGAAAGAUUUGCUGGGUUUAAAUUUCUCGCAGACCCUCUCAUUCCUUCAAAAUCUCCCCAAGAUCGAGUUUGGAAAAGUGAUGAAAAAAACUAAACAAAUCUUAAAAAAAGCUAAAUACCACAUCCGCCCGUUCUCCCAAUCACAAUCUUCUUCCUUUCUCAGAAUUCAAUUAACUUCCCAAUCUCCCGAAAAAUUGGAGAGCGAGACCUCUGAAAUGUUCUCUUGCUCGUCUAAAACAGAAAUCGGAAAAAGUACAAAAGAGAGCGACUCACAAUCGGCGGCAAGUGAAAUGACAAGAUCAACAAAAGUCAGAAUCGACAAGUCAAAACGAAAAGCAAUCAAUUUCAAACUGAAAAAAACUCUUUUCGAUUUCGAAAAUUGA